GACCUGGUAACUCUGACACAAAAUGUCCGACGGCAAUCUCCAAAGCGAUGUCUUAGAAACGCCGUGUGCUAAAAAACCUAAAAUUGAUCAUGAAAAUGAAAAGAACGGGAACGACAAUCAAAUACCAUUAAACACCUUUACUCCUACUAAGGUUUUAAGCAAUAAUACCAAUAGGAAAACAGUUUUUCUGCUCGGAAAAUUUAAAGACAAAAGUGGUGUGGCAAUAGUGAUUUUGGAGAAAAAUGCAUUUAAAGAGGAGGAAUUAAGCAGCGAAGGAUAUUUUUCGGCUGAAACAAGAGUUCACACAUUCUUUAACAACGAUAUUUAUGGAAAUUUCGAGUGCUAUCCGAUAUCCAAAAUUAAUGGAGUGAAAACUACAGUAAUAUAUCCAGCCACAGAUAAACAUAUAGCAAAGUACAGUAAACAAGAGGUACACAUAGUGCUAGAAUCUCCAGACUGUUAUAAAAACCUGACAUUGCCGCAUUUGCAGAAGGAGCAGUUCAAUUUGCAGUGGGUCUACAACAUUCUCGAAGGCAAGAGCGAGGCAGAUAGAGUAGUUUACGAUAAUAAGUGUGAAAAAGAGGGCUUUGUGCUUGUCCCAGAUCUGAAGUGGGACGGAUUGACCAAGGAGUCUUUAUAUCUUUUGGCUAUAGUCAGACAAAGGAAUAUUAAAUCAUUGAGGGACUUGAAUGAAACUCACUUGCCGUUGUUAAAGAGAAUAAGGGACGAAGGAAAGAAAGCAAUUUUGGACAAGUACAACGUGGCUGGCAGUCAAUUGCGUAUAUACUUCCACUACCAGCCCUCGUUCUACCACCUGCAUAUACACUUUACGUACUUACAACACGAAGCACCCGGUAUUUAUGCGGAGAAAUCUCAUCUACUCGAUACAGUUAUUAAUAACAUUGAAAUUAUGAACGAUUACUACAAUAAAGCAACGCUGCCCUUCACCAUUCGUGAGAUGGAUCCCCUCUUCAACAUAUAUGAAACAAACGGUUACGUCGAGAAGAUUAAGAGAAUCGUCAAUAAGUAAAUAGUGUUAGGAGAAUGUUGGUGAAAAAUAUUUU